AUGACACAGCAGCUGGUGGAGUUGGCAAACUAUUUCGGCCUCGCCCGGGUUCCGGCGCCUCCAGCUGCAGGCGAUAAUUGGGCUCUGGCGGGUCUGGCGGAGACGGGAAAGAUCAGAUUUCAGGUUGGCGCCCGCAGGAGGGCUGCACGACCAGAGGCCAAAAAGGAGGAGAAGCGUGCUGUUCCCCAGUUUUCCUCCUUCGUUACGCUGCGCAAGGGAUAG